GUGGUGCUUUGGUUUUGGAAGUAGUUAGUUGUUUUUCAUGUUGGGGUUGCAAAAAAUAAUGAGACUCUGGAGUGCAUGUUAUGAGCAGUUGGUGGAGGUAUUAGUGAGCUGCUUGGUUCUUGUGCUAUAUGGGUUUGACAUUUUAAGUUCAGAUGUUGGUGAAGAUCUCUCAGGGGCUAUUGCUGAAAAUGUUAAGGUGAAAGAGGAAAUGCCAAAAGGAGAAAGAGAAACCCAAAGCCACCAUGAACUCUCUCCUCCUAUUGUGUUGGUUCAUGGCUACUUUGGAUUUGGCUCCUUUGCCAAAGGGAGAUUGGGUGCUUUGUGUGACAUUGCUGAGGCAGUGAACAAAGGAAAAAGGGUUCUGGCUCCUGAUUUGGGCUCUUUAACCAGUAUCUAUGAUAGAGCUCGCGAACUGUUCUAUUAUUUAAAAGGUGGUCAAGUGGAUUACGGUGAAGAGCACAGCAAGGCUUGUGGACACAUUCAGUUUGGAAGAAUCUAUGAACGAGGAUACUACCCUGAGUGGGACGAGGAUCACCCAGUUCACUUUGUUGGACACUUAGUUGGAGCACAGGUUGUUCGUGUCUUGCAACAAAUGCUUGCUGAUAAGGCAUUCAAAGGGUAUGAAAACACUUCAGAGAACUGGGUUUUAUGCUUAACUUCUGUAUCAGGAGCACUCAAUGGGACUACAAGAGCCUACAUAGAUGGCAUGCGGCCAGAGGAUGGGGGAAGAAUGAAACCUUUUUGCCUGUUACAACUUUGCCGCAUUGGCGUGAUAAUUUACUAUUGGUUUGACAUUUCCCGGCUGAAGAAGUACUACAAUUUUGGUUUGGAUCACUUUAACAUGUCAUGGAAAAAGAUGGGCUUAUGGGGUAUUGUCCAAUGCCUCCUGGGCAAUUCAGGCCCAUUUGCUUCAGGGGAUUGGAUCCUCCCAGAUCUUACAAUUCAAGGUUCAAUAAGACUCAACAACCAUCUACACACAUUUCCAAACACAUACUACUUCAGCUAUGCUACCAAGCGUAGUUGGAAGUUUAUGGGUGUCACAGUUCAUUCAUGGAUUCUUGGAAUUCCCCCAUUGCUUUUCUUCAGAGUUUGGCAAAUGGGCCGGUGGCUCCAUCCUCCACAUGUUUCUCCCCCCUAUAAAGCCUACCGGAAUGAAGAUUGGCAAGAAAAUGAUGGAACACUAAACACAAUAUCCAUGACUCAUCCUCGCUUCCCAAUUGAACACCCUAGCUGCUUGGUUGAGAAGGAUUCAGAAUGCCAACCCUUACAACCAGGCAUCUGGUAUUACAAGUUUAUAGAGGGUGAUCACAUUGCAUUGACUAGAGCAGGAGUGGCUUUUGAUUUAAUAUAUGAGAGACACUGAUUUUGCAGAAACCUCGGUCCUCACAAGUUACAACCACUAUGUGUAUACUACAGUAUUAUUAAAUAAUGAACGAAAUACCAUAUAAUAUAAGUUUCUUAAACUUUAAGAUUAUUAAAUAUGAACCAAUAAACUCUAUCUGUUGUUUAUUUUAGCAUUUCUCUGUCUUUGUCUUUUUCUGCGUUAGCUGAAGAAUAAUUUAUUUUUUUGAUCAACAGCUUACAAUUUUUGGACCAAUUAUUCGGCCCUAACUACUGAGAGAAGCAGCUAUUCUGAUGGCCCAAACUGCAUUCUUACAAUGCCAUUCUUCAUAU